AUGAUUGCUAACAUGCCCCUCCGACAGAAGCCCAGAGAUGAUCACGUCAAGAGCGCUCAUGCCGGUUUCAAGCCGUGUACUCCGCAUGAAGCCAUGUUGAGGGCUUCCACAACAUUUCUGGACUGGCCGUGCUCUGCAUCAAGCCCGACUUUCACCGCGGGAUCCAUGCAGCCUCAGCACGCCGAUGCAGGCGUGAGCCUGCACAACAUGUCGCAUAGCAAUCGAACAUACACUUACGAUUAUGGAUCGCAGAUCCCGGUUCAGACGUUCACAGAACGACACCCAGCGAGCAUCUUGCCUUACGGACGUGGAUCACCGGCGAUAAUGUUCCUCAAAAAAGCUCCGUUUGUCAGCUGUGUUCGCCAACUCUUAGCCGCGGCCCUCAUCUAUGACAGCAGUGACGGUGAGGAGCUUACCAUCGACAACGAAGAACGACACGAACCUGCUUGGCAACAGGCCUACCUACGCAUUGGCGGUAUACGGUACGCCCAAGCCUUGUCCAUAAGACCUCUGCAAUACAUGUCUAUGGCGGAAUCGGCAUUUACGCAUACAGCGUGGGCUCAUGCACCUGACGAGUUUUUGCUGUCAAAUUAUGUUCAAACCUUUUCUGCACAUAUUCAAAGUAUAUGCCCAAUCAUCGCAAUCGGAAAUCUAGAAGGUGUCGUAUCGGAAUUUCUCCGACACUCCAACACUCUAGAGCAUCAGGAAAGACAAAGAGCAUCGGACUUGUUACAUGUCCAAGUAGAGUAUGCCAUUGAAAUGCUCGUCUUUGCCCUUGGCAGCGUCUGCUGGGCAAAAUGUGGUGGACCAAUAAUCGAGCCUGGCCCCGAAUUCUAUGCUCGUGCCAAGGGCAUCCUCGAGCUAUUUGCAGACGAAAACCGAGUCAAAACGGCGGUUGGGAGCUUCGAAAACCUCAACAACAAUGGAGAAUACAAUUUCGAACGAUAUUCAGCAUACACAAACGAAACGACAAUUGACUUGGCUCGUGCCCACCUUCUAGCCGCCCUCUUCUGUGGGCAGUUAGCUUGGGUUUUCGAGGCAGCCCAACACGUCCGCGAUGCCAGUUCGGCCAUUAUGUAUUUGAUACAUCAGCCCAGCAGCGGCUCUUUCAGUGACAUGGCGCAGGACACUCGCGGGCCAUCGCUCGUCGAGUAUGCCUUUCAUCCACAUACGCUUUCGCACGAAGAACGCCAACUGGUGUUGCUGUAUUGGAUAUGUGUUUUCCUGGAAUUCGAGAUCAACGCUGAAGUCUGUACACAACCAUCACCCUUGCUGCACUAUCAAUCAACAAUUCCCCCACCGAUUUUUGACGAGAGCCCGAUCGAAACUGCCAUGCGUAAUGACGAGGACACGGCGAUGACCGACGCCGAUCCGAGCCGGAGUAUCAACAGUGGCAUUGCCGGCAGAGAUAUGAAACAAGAACGGGAUGUGCGAACUAACUUUGAAGCACAGGUGUGUCUCCGCAGUCAUCUCAACCGCAUAUACGUCGAAACAUUUUGCGGGCAGACUGAAGCGAGAUCCGCCGUCGAGGAGCUUCAGCUGCAGUUUCAAGGCCUCUCGAUAUCACAGCCUCAGCCGUCUUCCGUCUGGAAGAGCACACUCACAGCCCGAGCCCGUGCCGGCUAUUGGGAGGGUGUCGCCUGGGGGUUUCUGCCUGUGCUCGAACAAGCCUACGAACAAGCCGACCCAGCCGAUCUCACGGCCGGGGUGUGCAGUCUGGCAGAAGUCAUCCGAGCAUACCAUGGCGUGGCAGAAGGCCGGCUCAUCCUCCCCAAUUCCUUUGGAGCAGCCAUGAUGUACGUCGGCCAGUAUAUCCUGCCCAGCACAGCUCGCAAGCUAAUUGACAGGCAAUGCCGAUACCUGUUGCUGCUAUUUGCCGCAUCACGUGCCAUGCCAACUGUGGCAGAAAUCGCUACCGACGCUAUGCUAGGAGAGCUCAUUGAAGGCACCGCAAUCUCGUUGCAAGAAAUGGCUGGCCCGCCAGGUGUGUUGCAGUCGGCUAGGCGUGUGCUCAGAGUGAUGCAGCAACAAUUGCAGGCCGGUGCAAAGCCAGCUCCUAUGAUCGACGAGGCAGAUUCGGUCGCGGUCGCGGUUGCAGACGUUCCAGAAGGGCAAGUCUAUGUCCCGGGCCUGUCUCUGUUCUGCCCUCCGUUCUCGUUCUUCGCCGACUCAGGAGGUGCUUUAGCAACUGCUACAACCUCCGCGUCGUUCACCUCGCUUCCGACGCCCAACACAGCAAGUUGUUGGUCCUCCGGAACAUCCCCAAUCCCGCACACCCUCUCGUCGCCGCUUGGCUCCCCGAACUCUUCUCUGGCGUCACCGCUAGCUUCCUCCGUUCCAGCUGUCAGUUCUUAUACCCUGGGAGCGAAAGGAAGUCUCGGACCGUCCCCUUGGCUUCCAACCUCCGCCGUCCAUCCUUUGUGGCAGCUGCCAGGUGCCGUUCAGACUGUGUCUGAGCCGUCUUUCUGUUUUGCCGACAUUCUUGCGUUUUCCUACCAGCUGGGCCUUUCUCACCCGUUCGAUUCGCCAGGAGAACUGUGGUGA